CCUAGGUCAACGGUUUUAGUCGUUAGCAUUACCAGUAGCAGCAGUAGCAGCAGUGAUGGUGAUGUGGUGCUUGUGGUUUGUGGUAUCCAUCGUCAUGGGGAUUAUGGUAUGAUUUAAUGGAAAAUCCAAUAUUUAGAAGUGUCGAUUUAGAUAAUACUCUCUUUCUUCCCACCUAUUUAUAUAUCUGUGUAGGCACACACAAACAACACCUUUUUGUUAUGCCUGGGCAGUAAUGGUAUUCACGGUGGUGCCCCAAUGCCAGCUCUUUUAAAAUAUGCAUAUUAUUGUAAUAUAUAUAUGGCAAUCAAUAAUUAUAGAGUUGAAAGUACCUUUAUCAUUGUUGUCCAUGGUGGAGCUUAUUGCGAGACCUUGAUUAGCAAGUUGAAAUUAACACUAACAUUAAGCAUCCUUUCUCUCUACCCUCUUGUAUUUGUAAUCAAUCUCCUUCCUGUGACUGCAACCCAACAGAAGAAACUGUUGCAUUUUCUUCUAUGAUAAUGAAUGAACCACCGACUCCCAUACAACUUCCUGUGUUAGAUUUAUCUCAACCAGUUCACCCCUCUUUUCUAACUUCUCUUUCUCAAGCCUGUGAAGAAUGGGGCUUCUUCCAUGUAAUGAAUCAUGGUAUCCCCCAAGAUCUUUUCAGCAAAGUAUGUCUUCUUUCAAAGCAUAUAUUUAGCCUUCCUGCAGAUUCAAAACUCAAACUGGGGCCAUCUUCAUCCAUCAAAACAUACACUCCCCGUUUUAUUGCAUCUCCCUUCUUUGAAAGCCUGCGAAUAGCUGGACCAGACUUCUUGGCCUCUGCUAAGAGUUCUGUUGCUGAACUCUUUGACCAACAAAAUUCUGAAUUUAGUGAGACGUUGCAAGAAUAUGGAAGCAAGAUGGUGGAAUUAUCAAAGAGAAUUGUGGAGGCUGUAUUAAUGAGCUUGGGAGAUGGGUAUGAGAGGAAGUUUAAUGAAUCUGAAUUCAAUAACUGUCAGGGGUAUUUGAGGUUGGUGAACUACUCGCCGCCUGAGUGUGUGGAAGACAAAGAGGUUGAAGGGCUUGGAAUGCACACUGAUAUGAGUUGUAUAACAAUAGUCUAUCAAGAUGAAAUUGGUGGGCUUCAAAUGAGAUCGAAGGGAGGGGAAUGGAUAGACAUAACCCCAUGUGAGGGUACUCUUGUAGUUAACAUUGGAGAUCUGAUGCAGGGUUGGAGCAAUGGACGAUUAAGAUCAUCUGAACACCGGGUUGUUUUGAAGCAAUUUGUGAACCGCCUCUCUCUGGCUUUCUUUUGGUGCUUUGAGGAUGAGAAGGUGGUGUUGGCACCAGAUGAAAUCGUGGGAGAAGGAAACUCGAGGAUUUACAAGCCAUUUGUUUGCUUGGAAUAUUUGAAGUUCAGAGAGAGUAACGAGGAAGGUAAGUAUGAGAAAGUUGGGUAUACUGUAAAAGAUUUUGCAGCUUUGAAACUUGAAAUGAAGUGAUGGGAGCUGAAACCAUAAAGCUACCUGUUGUACUGCGGGCACAUAUAUGUGUGUUUAUUAUACAUAUGCUGCUUGUUCUUUGCUGUUGUUGCAGGUCUUAUUUGAUUGUUCUGCAGUUGUUUGCUACUGAGAAGACAGGAACGGUUGUGUGAUUCUAGAUUUUCUUAUCUUCUGUCUUCUUCUGUCUUAGCCUUAUAGAAUUUGUGUAUAAUUUCCUUGUGAAAUGUGCCUAUAGUGAUUGAAUUGGAUACCAAGGUAUUCUGGCUUGUAAGUGAGUAUCAAAGUGGGCAUAAUGCAAAUAAAAGAGGGAAGUUUGGUGGAUUAGGAUGUGAAAGGUUGAGUCUAGAAUCUUGUUGGAUUUUGGAACUAAAUUGGUAUUGUUAUCGUAUGUGGAAGAAUAUGUAAUGAAGUUGAAGUUCAAUUUUUUGUGUUAUAUGAAUUGAAUGUCAUUCAGUGGA